AUGAUAUGUCUGUUCAUUGAAGGUACCAAUGGAUACAGAAUUCGUCAUCGACGACAGCAACAACAACAACCCCAACAGCAACAGCAAUCAUCGGCAUCGUUGUAUGGAAAUCAAUAUCCUGCUGGAAGUGUACCCUCUGCAUACAACUACGGACAGAAUGCGAAUUUGUAUGGUACAGGUUUGAAUACUCAAAUAAGCAAGGAUCAGUAUGGUAAUGCAUUUGGACAGCAAAAUCCAAGCAAUACGAUGGGUAUGAACAAUUUACAACAGCAACAACAACUUCAGCAACAACAGCUUCAGCAACAACAGCAACAAUUUCAACAACAGCAACAACAACAACAGUCACAACAAUCGCAAAUGUAUGGAGUCAACGUACAAUCAGGAACAAAUCCACUUUUACGAAAUACAAAUUUAGUUGAUAGUAAUGGUUAUCUUAUACCAUCAGGUCAAUCUCCUUCGUCGCAAUAUCAAUCUUCAAAUCCACAGAUGGGCUAUCAACCAAAUCCAAAUCAAGCUAUAGAUAAUAAGAAUGUAUAUAAUCAAGGAGUCAACGCAAACAACAAUCAAUAUGGUUACAAUGCGAAUUUGUAUCCGAAUAGCAACACGUAUGGUGGACAAGUGGCUGCAGGUAAUACAAAUACUUGGAUGAGCGGUCAAUACGGUGCUAACACUGGUAAUACAUGGAUGCAAAAUCGAGAUCAAACGAAUAAUAAUAAUAUUAACGCACUUACCAAUCCGAAUUCACCUUAUUAUUACAAUGAUGGUCAUCGUUUGAUGACAUCGUAUUUCAUUCUAUUAUGUUCAUUCCUCGCUAUAUUCUUCUUCCGUAUGUAA